AUGACGGAAGCCAAAGGGCUGGAUGCCGAGGAGUUAAUGGAAGAGGAACUGGAAAACGAAUUCGACAUCGGCCUCAACCCCACCGGCGACGACGGCAGCUCCUUCCGCACCGAAAACGACCCAGCCUCACCCUACCAGCGUAAGAACGUUACCGAGCGCAAGGGGGUGGUCGACGUGCGCUGCUCACUUGUCGGCGUCGCUCAUGGGCUCCCGCACCCCGAUUCUGACGACUUCUUCGCAACCCUCAUUCUGCUCAAGUUCACGUUCGCUAGCCGGAAGGAGGGCCGCCGCAUCAAGGCGGCGCACAUUUCGCUCCAAUUCGCCGCGAUGGAUCAGGGCGGCGAUGACCCCGAGGUGGCAAAGAUCGCACCGCAUGGUAGCUUCCACCUCGUACGCACGACGCAGCAGGAGGACGAGAAGCGCAGCCUGGGGCUAAAUAUCGGCGCCCCACCGCUCGCGGGCAUCCAGGCCAGCGCCGAGCUGGGUUGGGAGAAGAACGUGAGCCGCGAGACAAGCGAUGCUACAAAGCUCGUCGGGUCGAUCGACUUGGUGGGCCGUAACUACGGUGCUGCGGACGCUGCGUCGUGGUCACUGAUGGAGAAUGGCAUGACAAAGGCCGGUGUGCCAGCGUCCAUGUGCACCGCAAUACUGCUUAAGCGUCGCGAUGAGAAGCCGUUCCGGUGCGCGUUCAAAAUCAAGGCAACCGUGGACUUCCUAAGCUCGGUCCAGAAGCUCUUUGGAUCGAGGCCUAAGGACGAUCCUAUCUGGUUUAAUCCCGCAAUGGAGCCUACAGAGAACCUGCAAAAGUACGACCCCGACUCGCUGGAGGCGGUGAACAUUGAGGAGCUGGCGAGCGUCGCCUUUCCGACGGCGCUGGAUGGCGCUGGCGAACACGUCUGA